GGCACAUGCCUGCAGUAGCAAGCGCCAUUGUGAAUUUUGAGUGUCACUUGCCUUUGGCUCUUUUCGUGGCUAAAACGGCUGUGGUCGUACCAAGAACCAUUUGAUCGUUAUUCUGGCAUCCUCUUAAGGAACUCCUGAUACUAACUAUAGGUUAUUUGGCCAUAAAUGACAAGAGAAGCGUGCAGUUUCAGCACCAUUCCCGCGAAUCACUUUUCGGCGUAAGGUGGCUUGAAAGCAACUCUCCAUGUUGAAUAUAAGCUGACGACGGAUAUGUAAUGGUCCGGUGAUCCUUCGGGUUCAUCUACGUCGGAGAUUUCAUAACUAUGAGUGGCCACAGACCUAGAACAACGUCUUUUGCCGAAACAAAUAAAUCACAUACACCAAAUUUUGGAGGAGUAAAAAUUAGUCGUAAGUAUAUAGACUUUACAUAACCUAAUAUUCAAGGUGUUUGGGACCGAAAACCGCUAGCAUUCCAGCCUGGAAAAUGUAUUAAGUUGUAUUGCAAUAGUAUCUUGUUCUGUUCUUAUUUUAGGAGAUAAAGAUGGAAGUAAAGUGACAACAGUUGUAGCAACUACAGGUUCACUGCCUGAUCGGACUCAAGAGAUCAGUUACACUGACACGAAAGUUAUUGGGAAUGGAUCUUUCGGAGUCGUGUACCAAGCAAGGAUGUGUGAUUCCUCUGAGCUUGUAGCAAUAAAGAAAGUAUUGCAAGACAAACGAUUUAAGGUGGUUAUGGUUCUUGUAUGUUACUCCUAUUGUAGAAUAUAGAGCAGAAAAUACGUGUCGCUUAUUUCCUUGCUAAGAUGCCGAAAUUUUACUCGCCUCGGUGGUGGUAACAGAUUUUUUUCCCUUUCAGAAUCGAGAGUUACAAAUCAUGAGAAAAUUAGACCACUGUAAUAUCGUCCGAUUGCGCUGGUUCUUUUAUUCCAGUGGUGAAAAGGUUGGUAACUUGUUCGUGGUAUUAAACAAGGCAUAACGUUUUUUAUGUACGCACAACAUCCUUGCUUUCAAUAUUUGAGUGAAUCGAGCCGAGUCGUGGCCGGUUAUAUCGUGCUGUUUGCCUUAAGUAUGUAAGACUUGAAUUUAGCCGCGUACGUGGGUGUAUGUGCACUGAUUGCCGUAAUUCACUAAAACUAGCAUUCUAUUCACUAUGGUUUAUAUUUAAUCCAUUGGUCAGUAUUAUUGUGUCGGCGACACGAAGACGAGAAACAAAGGCAAGAUUGAACAAGCGUCAUUUGGUUUAUCUUUUUCGAAAUGUACACUCCCUCGAAGUGAAAACAAGUUAAGCCAAACGAAUUUUACCGCAAAGACACGAAGAAGCAAGUUUACAGCAUAUUUGACUGCAUAUUUGACUGUGGGUCCUAAGUCCGUGUAGAAGAUUUUUUCAUUUACUCUAUCGAAUAACUAUUAGCAUUUGUAUCACAGUGGCUUCUUUUCAGAUUCGAGUAACGUUUCUCUAACAAGAAUAUUGUUUAGAGAAUGUGGAUCUUGAUGGCAAUUGCAGGAAAAAAAACUUGUCGCCACAGCUGUAUAUCGGCUACAGGCAGCCUGUUUAUAUUACAUUCACUGAUGGCUUUUCAGCUAUAUUUUUUUCCCAACAAGAAGGAGGAAAACAGAUUGUAUAUUAAUUUAUAGGGCUCUGAAAGAGUUCUUACACUCGGUGCUUUGUAGUUUUCGUUCUACGUGAUUUCAAAUUUUCAUAUCACACUUCAAUUUACUCUAAAAGGAUAUCAAGGAAGUUGUGUCUUAGAUUUGAAGUGGCAUUUUUUAUUUAAAUGAAAAUUCGAUAAUUUUUCCAGUGUUUUACCUUGUCCUUUGAAAAUAAUUUUGUUAUAAUUUCAUUUUGGCAGCCAAAAAUUAUUUGAGAAUCUUAGGGGAAAGGUACAAUGUAUUUGAAACAAAAUUAAUUUUCUCUGAUUUGAAAAAUACUGUUUUAUUUUCAAUUUGAAUUGAACUUUGUUAAGGUCAUCAGAAUCAUUUUGUGGACCUAAUCAACCUUGAAAUUAAACCCAGUUCAAUCCACAAGGGAAAAAAAAGAUAUUGUGAAAAAAGAGAAAAAAUGUUCUUUACUUCCUGUAUAUGCAAACAUUGUAACAGAUACAUGGUCAAGAAUAGACUUGUUUUUAUAUGAAACUGAAAUAUAAACAGUUUGUCAUUCACAUGAAAAUGACUAUAUUUCAUGUGAUGACAUGCUUACUCUGUUUUGCCUCAGCUCUUAAAAAAGAUUAGUGAUCUGGAAAAGAAAAACAUCAUCUAUACUUUUUCAGCUCUUGGACACAGCAUAUUCUUAUUCUUUUUUAACUUUGUAGAAAAAUACUCACCCAGUCAUUUACAAACACUUAACUUGCAUUGGUAAUGGGGAAAUCACAAACCUUGACAGUCCUUACAUCACUAAACAAUAUUUAGUCUUCCCAGGUGCUAUUAAAAAAAUUGUUGUGGACCAACUCAAAAGAUGUUUUGUACAAGGAAAACAAAAUAAUUUCAUUUUCUUGUAAUUUUUUGUCACAUGAUACUUUUGUUUUUCACACUGAACAGAUGAAGUCGUACCCUGAACUUAAAGACACUCCCCUUUUUUAAUUCACAUGCUGAGUUUGGUCAAGUUGUAGCCUUGAUAUAGUUUGAACCUCCAGAGAAUCUGGACUGUUGUGCAAGAAAUGAAAGUGAGCAUGCCACAGCAUGCAACUUUCCCUUUUCAACUGGUUAUACCUCAGCUAUCAAAAGCUUUUUUGGCCAAACAUUCUGGAGCUUAGGAUGGUCAAUUCACAAAGUUUUAAUUCUUUCAAGAUGUGACAUUGUACCAAAACUAAUCCCAUCCAAAGAAGAGCAACAGUAUCUUAAAAGUAUUUUGCUCCUAAUUCAUGCACAGUAGGCCAUGUAAGGAAUUUACCAACUUUUGAUUUUAAGUCAUAAUUAAUAUUCUCAUAGAUAAUUUUGUUUGCAUUUUAUCAAACCAAUGAGGUUUUGUGGAACAUUUCUUCUGGUAAUUGGUAUAAAUUAACUGAUAUAUUUUGUGGUUGUUCAAAAUUCACCACAAUACUGCUUCCUCAUAAUGUUAUAAUUUGCAUUUGUUGGAUUUAAAGGUUCACAUCAUCACUUGUCUACUUUGGGUAACUCUGGAGCAAAGAAACGAUUGUCAUUAAAAAGGAAGAUCUUUUGAUUUUGUGAGAAGCUUUUCUGAUGAUAUGUUAUCUUUAGAAAAACAAUUUGCUGUGGUUAACCAUUGUUCUUCAUAGCAGCUGGUACAUUUUAAAGUUUACACCUGGAAACACCUUAUUACUUGAACAUUUGGAUGCAGUGAUUUGGCAACAAAUUUUGGUCCAUAAACAAUUAAUUUUUAUGGCUUGAGUUUUCUAAGUUGUGUCGAGUAAGGUUAAACAUCAAUGAAUAUGCUCCAUUGUCCUUAGUAAAAGGCAAGUGUUUUGAUCUGCUUUGAAAAGAGUACAGUCAUAUCAGAUGUAGUGGUGUUUAAUUUUUUCUUUUCUUUUCCUCAACAGAAGGAAGAAAUCUAUUUAAAUUUGGUUCUUGAUUUUGUUCCGGAGACAGUUUACAGAGUCGCAAGACAUUACAGUAAAGCAAAGCAAACAAUCCCCAUAUUGUACAUAAAGGUAACCUAAACUCAGCAACAAAAACAGUGAACUUAGAAAUGACCUGUGUUAUUUAAGCAUCUAGAAAUCCCUCUCCUUCAAUUCCUUCCUGUUCUCUUAGUGUUCCUUGUUAUUAUGGUUGUUUUUGUGAUGUUUGCGUUAUUUUAAUGAUCAUUUGUGUCUGUAACUGUAGAUAGCUAGAAAAAAUCAGCAGCAGCUAAGUGUCACAGCUGAUGCCACUAAAACUCCAAAAACAAGAAAAGCUUUUUUUUUACAGUGAAGGUCAAAUUUUUGCCUGGUGACCAAGAAACAAUAUGCACAAUUCAAAAUUGUUCUAACACUAUAUAUUUUUUUGUAGCUCUACAUGUAUCAGAUGUUUCGAUCUCUGGCCUAUAUCCACUCUGUUGGUAUAUGCCACCGUGAUAUCAAACCACAGAAUUUACUUCUUGACCCUGAAACUGCUGUGUUGAAGUUGUGUGACUUUGGCAGGUAAGAGCUAAUAAAGGGGUGUCUCUGAUGCAUGAAAUCUCCUAUUUCCUGUGUUUGGUGGGAAGUGACUUGUACUUGUAUGAAAGGCUUUCAAAAAAUUGUUAAUGAGCUUGUUGCAGAAUUACCGGCAAAACUUCAAUGUGGCCCACUCAACUGAAGUCAUUUAUUCACUUUAUUCAACUUUCCACUUUUCUUUUGCAUUUUUCUUAUCACAAAAGUCAAUUUCUAACCAAUUUAUUUUGGUCUUUUUCUUAGUGCCAAAGUUUUAGUGAAAGGAGAGCCCAAUGUUUCUUACAUAUGUUCAAGAUAUUAUCGUGCACCAGAACUCAUAUUUGGAGCUACAGACUACACACCUGAUAUUGGUAAGUCAGCUCAUCAGCAGGCCCAUCAGUUAUCCUACUUUACAGUAUUCCCUUUCACAAAGAAAUGGCUGACAUUGAAUGAUAGUUUUGGAAAUUUCGUCUUGAGCAGGUAUUGGGACAUGAGUACCUGUAUUUUGCUGAAGGGAUGGAUGGAUGGUGUAUCUUCUUGCAUUUAGUAUAGCAAAUCAAUGCAAUAAAAUGAUGUUUUUUUGGCAGAAUCCAAUAUAAGGACAACUGUCAGGGCAGAAUAAAUGUUUAUAUUUGGUUCUGGCCAAUUAGAAAUUUUUGGAGCCAACAAUUGGAGUGCUUAUAGCUCCUUGUCUCUUGCUUGUUGCAUAUUUUAGUUUCCUCUUAGUAAUCUUACUUUUGCUGAUUGAAAGAUUUCUCAUUGGUGCACACUAACCAGCCAAUGAACCCUGUGACAAAAUGUGUUGAAAGGUUGGUACAUAAAGUGCAAUUGAAGGUAUUUCAAAAUUUGUUCACAGUAUAAAUAACCAAUGUAAUGAGCUGUCUUUAACCAAAAUUUAUCAGCUAAAAGGAUCCUUAUUGAAAGAUAUAUAUAUCUCUCUAUCUCUAAAGAUAUAUAUAUAUUUUUGCCUUCAGAUGUGUGGUCUGCUGGCUGUGUGCUGGCAGAGCUUCUCCUUGGACAGCCCAUCUUUCCAGGGGCUAGUGGUGUUGAUCAGCUUGUUGAGAUAAUUAAAGUUUUGGGUACUCCAACAAGGGAACAAAUCAAGGAAAUGAAUCCACACUACACUGAGUUCAAAUUUCCACAGAUCAAGCCACAUCCAUGGACCAAGGUAAGGUUAUAUAAGUAUGUUUCUGUCUUACUGAAUGAGCUGUCCUAGAUAUGCAAUGAAGCUUCAUCUGCACAUAGUCUGUUGAUGUUGAAAUGGUUUAAGGGUAGAAGCGUUUUUGCAUCUCCCAUCAAACAUCACAAAACCCAAGCCAAAUGGUGUGAAUUAAAUGCUUAUUGGUCAUAAAAGCGGAUUCAAUUCAAUAGAGUAGUGUCAAGAAACUUUGGCAUUUUUCAUUCUUGUUUUGCCUGGACCUUGAUGAAUGGAUGAAUUUAGGAAAACAGAUUCUACAGACAAACAAAAGACCUAAGUUUUACAGCCAGAAUGAACAAUGUAUUGAAUGCGAUUGUGAGUAAAAUGGUUUCACCUCUGAGCCAGUUUUGCAAUAGAUAAGGCAAAUAUAUCUAGAAAAAUAUUAUUUUUAUUCAAUUGUUAUUUUAAAUUUAGGGUUAGAAAUUAACUUAAUGUUAACUGUGUUUUUAAUUUAAGGUUUUCAGACCCAAAACUCCACCAGAAGCAAUAAACUUGUGUAGUAGAUUACUUGAGUAUACUCCAUCAACAAGACUCAUACCUGUGGAAUCAUGUGCACAUGUUUUCUUUGAUGAACUCCGUGAUGCCAACACUAAACUUCCAAAUGGACGAGAUCUACCCCCUCUUUUUAACUUUACACCUCAAGGUAAGACUCUUCUUCUUAUUAAAAAGUAUUAACCAUAAGUGAGUGAUGCAGAAAUGGGCCACAUUCAGUUUUAAGAAGUAUUGGCCAUUGUCAAGUCAAUAGUUCUGCUUGCUUUGUGUGUGGACCUGGUGAUUUCAACGCAAUUUUUGAUGGCUUUGGCAGAUCCUAAUGCCUAAUUUUUCCUUGGCUGCCAAAUUUUUGCAAGUUUGAUUGUGUUUUUUUUUUCUUUUGCAGAGCUAUCAGUAAAACCCUCUCUAAAUUCAACCCUAAUACCCACUCAUGUGCAGAGGAAUUCUGGAGGGGCUGGUACAAGUAGCUCAGGGACAUCCACAAGCACAGGCCCAGCAGUUGUGGAUGGGGCUGUGGCAUCAGUCUCCCAAGCAGGCUCCUGAAUUAGAACUGAUGACAAUUAUUAAAAUUAAUGCAAGAUUCUGUCCAUGAAAAGGGCCUUGGUUGCGAAAGAAUUUCAUGUAAAAAAGAGCCUAAAUUGUAUUGUAAAUAGUGUUGAAAUCAAGUUCCCCAUUCCGAUUUUUUUGUGUGUAUUUUGGGAGUGCACAGGGUUACAGUUUUGUUUAAAUCUUAAGUUUUACUUUCCAAGGCUCAUUAUGUACAAUUCAUUCCUAAUUUACUUGUGGUUGGAUCAAAGUACAGUAUUUAAAGGUGUUUGCAACUAAGGCCAGUGAUCAAAGCAAAAAAAAUAAUGCUUCCUCAUGACUUUAAUGUUCUAUUUAUUUCAAGAGGUUCUCAGGUGUUUACCAUCAAUCUUCUUUUUUGGUGUAACUGGCUUUCUUUGCUAAUACCAUUAAAAUUUGUGCUCAGAUUUUAGGUGCUGUUUUAUUUGCAAUGUAUACAAAUUGUUCUAAACAAGAAAUUUUUAAAUGUACUGCACUACAAUUGUGCAUUUCAAGAAUGUUAAUACACUUUUGUACUAAAUGAUGAGGCACCAUAAUGAAGUGAUCAUAAUCAUUAACAGGAAAUUCGAAUUAACACAAAUCCUUUAGGGCAUCAGCAUGGUACUGGAUAAUGUAUUUAUACUGACAGUGCCAUAAUCAAUAUUUAAAUAAUGUAAAAUAUGCUUCUUGUACUUGUGCCAAAGGCCAUUCUCGGUGUGGCUGUAGAAAAAAAAACUUCUCAUUUGAGUCUGUAUAAAAUUUUAAGGGCUUGUAAAUUUAAGCAAUUUUAAGUUUUCUUCUUAUGUGUAAAAUUUAUAAUCAACUCUUAUAUACAUCCUAGUGAGUAAUCUAUCAGGAGAUAAUAUGAAAUUUUUGCUGUCAAAAUCGAAUCCUUCAUGAAUUUCUCUCUCAACGUUUUUCCUAUUGUUUCCCUGUUCGAUAGUUUUUCAGCUCUUUUUUUCUUUAUCCCAAACGGCGUAUCGAUUACUGGCCAAGAUUUCGGUAAAGGAACUUUUCUUUCUCUUCCUCGUUGGACUAAUAAUUAUAAUUUAGUAACCGAGACCUAGUGGAGACGACUGAAUUCCUUCUUGAUAUUCCUAUUCUAGACGGUAUCUUUAAAUACCCCACUGAGUGCCUCUCCUAGCUCAGGCAAUAGUGGUUUUUAUUGCAGGGGUAGGGGGCAGUCGGGAGAAGUUUCUGUGAGUGACGAACGGGGAUGCUCGAUGGAAAUUUUGAACUGAUCCUUCAAUGUCUUUAACCUUUUCGUUACCUUGGAAGUAGCAAUUUAAGGUACAUCCAAUGCACCUCUUAAGAGGUACCACCUCCGACUGCUGACCAGAAGGAAUAGUUGAAGGGCGUGUGACGAUUUCUUAGUAAUCAGUGAACCAAGAGUCAUCGGCUGACUUAAAGGACGGGGGAUAGUGACGGGGGAAAGUAACGAGAAGAUUAUUGAACAUACUUUGAGGAAUGUUACACCACAUUCUAAGAUUGCAUUUCAUUGCGGGCUCAACAAGAUGGCGGAUGGCUAGAAGCCAAAAAUGCCACACUUGUUAUUUGCGGCUUAGAUGCAUGGCGUUUUAGUUAUAUUUUCAUAAUACAUCGUAACAUGGAAAGGAGGAGCCUAUAGCACCUACUUCUUGGUGGAAAAUGGCAACAGAUCCUUCCCCUUUAUGUUGUUGUGAAUUUCGUAACCUUCAUGGCCAAAGAACACAUAUACUCGCCUUCUGUUGUGAGUGCGAUGAACUAGACAACGCCGUGGAUCAGUGCCUCAAAGGAAACAAAGUUUCAAGGCAAAAACUGCAUGAUAUAUCUAUGGUUAUUUCUGAUCGCAUUCGUAUUCCUUGGUUUAAUGGCGCCCUGAAAUUGGAGUUCGACUUUGUUGUUCCAAUUCUUUUUUUAGGCAUAUCACUUUACUUUGCAAGUCACAGUCUAGUCUUGACGGUGCUAGCUCUGGUCUAUGUUCCUGUCUUCAUCCUUAUUUAUUACAUUUACGUGCUCAACCAGCGUAAAAGGACCUGGUUCUUCGUAAGUUGGAAUUUAGCAUCUCUUGUUGGUAAUUUUAUUCUAUAUCUUGCUUAUGUGGCUUCUUUCUAUUCCUACCUUCAUUCUGCAGUCCUUUCUUUUGGGUUUGGUCUUGUGUUGUUGUUAUACUUACGAGUGAUAUUGUCAAGAAGACUCUUAAAUACGUACGCUUUGAGUUCUAAGCCCCCUCCUCAAAACAGUGCAAAUCACAAUGACACGGAUUAUAAGGAUAUAAACUGCUGCUUCUGUACUGAAGGACCUUUUAUCAGGGCAAAACAUUGUAGGUAGGGUAUAAAGCUGUGUUCUUGUUAUUAAAUUUAGUGGAAUUCCAACAUUUUGAAACAAUUUAAACAGGGAUUACACCAGGAGAUGUAGACUGAAGAAAACUGUGUAAGGAAAUAAUAACAGGAGAACAUUCUCUAUAUCUGAAUGAAAACAGCUUGAUAAGUCAUGAAAAUUUAGGAAGGACCAACAUAGGUGUGGCAGGACGCAAGAUGAAGCUUAAAUCAAAGAGGAUAUGGGAUAUGAGAAAUUUUAAAGGGGAGACACAGGAUGAAAAUUGGAAGGAAAAACCGGAAUAUGCUCUCUUUUGAAGGCGGAAUAGGGGACAGGAUGGGUAUAGGCAAGAUCACAGAACUCAGGUUACAAGUUACUUGACCACAGAGACAUUAAGAAGUAUUUAUUGGCUUUAAAAAGGGGCCUAACUAAUGCUCCUGUGUAAAGUGAGGUUGAUAGGCCUAAAUGACUCUGUGGUAAGUCCAGUUUUUUCUGCGUUAGUUAAAAGUGUUCACUACAUAGUAUAAUUUUCCAACAGAAGUUCACAGGUCUUUGUUCAAAUGAAGACCCUUGUGGUCUUAAAGGUGCAUUAGGGUAGUGGUAGUGGUGAUAUGUGAGUAUUGACAAUCUGUUUCUUUGCCCAGAUGCUUUGAGAUUACUGUAAUUUUAUCUCUAAUAUUUACCAUUCACAUAUUGCACGGCAUACAUACAAAUUCAGGGUCAAAGGUGCAAGAUUCAGUGACUCAUUUAUAAUGACAUAUUUUCUCUCUCUUUUUGUAGGAUUUGUGGUUACUGUGUUCCAAGAUCUGACCAUCAUUGUGUUUGGUAAGAAUUAAUACUUGAUAAAAUUUUUUUUUUUUCACCACUUGUGUUCAGGUUUCCUCUGCAGUCACCCUUUUAUUGCAUUCAACAUGUAUUGUGUCUUAUUCACUCAAGUGACACAAUCACUAAAAACAUUGUUAGCUUGCCAAACUUUUCAUCUGUAUUUUGAAAGUGAAACCAAAUUCACAAGUUACAAUAAGUUUUAUCCAGAGGUUGCACAGUGAAAAAUUAAAUUAAAGUAUCGUGUGGGUUCCUUCUUGACUGAAAUUCAGAUGAAAGAAAAUUUCUUGGGAAAACAUAUGCAGGCACUUUCCUGCUGGGAGUCAGCAAUUUCAAUCUUCAAUUCAGUUCAAUUUUGAAUGGACAUUUGCUACAACAUGUUUGAUUAUUAGUGAAUUAUCAACACAAUCUUUCCUUUAUUUUUUUAAAUCUGGCAAUGUUUUGGAGAUGUAUUUAUCAUAUUUGUUAUUGUUUUCCUCACAGGACAAACUGUUGUAUUGGACAGCACAAUCAUCAUUCCUUCCUUGCUGCUAUAAUUACUUUUGUGGUUACUGGACUAUGGGGAGUCUAUCUAUCUUUUUUCACUAUCUGCACUUCUAAAGACAACAGCAUUUUCCAUGUGGAUUGUUCAGAUGUCUAUGCUAAUUCUAGGUAAGUUUAGUCCAAUUCUAAGUCCUCUCUCUUCUUCAAACCCAUUCUUUGGGAUGUUACACAAGGAAGCAUUGUGUGACAUCUCAAAGAGGAGCUUCAUAGGAGACAAUGUCACAUGGUAUUUUUUGUCAAGAUUGAUUUAAGUGCCAUCUUUUUGUUCAAAUUAGCAAAGGUUUCCAACUUAAUCCUUUAAUUUCAAUAUUUCCCAAUAGCAUCAAAGCUUUGAGUUCUGUAAUCUCUGGCUCACUCACACAUAAACUUAGUUUUGACCCAAACAGUAUCUGAAGUUGUUGUUGUGUUGAUUAGUUUGUCAGAGAAGGUAAUUUCUCAACAUUAUAAGACAAAAAUUCAUAUAGGGAGGUGGAAGAGGAUUUCACAUUCUCUAUAUGUGAUAAAUGCUGCACACAACAUACUGAAAUAACCAUUGAGAAAAUACCAAAAUGUACCUGGCUUCGACCAACUUCAAUAAAGCCUUUCCCUGACAGGUUUCAUUUUCCUUUUCAGGUCUUCUGUUGUGUUUGUUGCAUGUUGGUACACGAUCAUCUUCUCGUUAGGCAUGUGUGGGCUUCUGUUACAACAGCUUGUAUUUAUUAGCCUGAAUUUGACUGGUGAUGAGUUCAGAAGAUCUUCUAAGAGGAAGUCAUUUUGUGAAGUGAUAAGGACACAUAGCUAUAACAAAGGAUUUAUUAGGAACUGGAUUCAAUUUUUAUGUCCUCACGAUAUUGUCUCCAUUUCUGGAGAAGUAGUUUAGAAUUGUGUGGCUAGUAAUCAAAUCUUAAGUGUUUUAAAAUAGCAGCAGUAAAAAAAGGAAUAGCUGAUCUGCUUAUGGACCUUUUUAUUCUUCAAAAGGAGGAGCAGAAAUAAGAGGCAAGGGCAAGGAUAUUAAAAG